AGCACCUCCAUCUUCAUUGCGACCUGCAGAGAGAGACCUGAGCCCUAGCCACCAAAAAAGAAAAAGAAAAGCCGAGAGAUAAGGAGAAGGCACAUUAUUAUUGAUCCGGUAUGCCUAGCGGGUGGCGCAACACCGCCGGAAUCAUGGCGUGCUGCAGCAGCAGCAGCCUGAGCCUGAGCCUGGUGCUCCUGGUUGUCAUCCUGGCGCUGACGCCCGCCGAGGCCAGCAGAGCCAUGCCAACGACGACCACCACGACGGCCAUAGGCGGCACUACUACUAACAGCAACGACAGCCAGCAGAAGCAUGGUCAGAGAGCUGCUGCGUCCGGCGUGAACGCCGACCAGAAGACCUUCCUGCCGGGCUACGUCGGCGGCGUCGGAGGGUUCGCUGGCGCCGGCGCCGGCCUCGGGGGCAUCGGAGGCGUUGCGGGAGGCAUUGGCGGUGGUGUCGGCGGCCUCGGAGGUGUCGUAGGUGGUGGACUCGGAGGGUUUGGACCGCUUGGUGGUGCUGGAGGCGGAUCAGGCCUUGGUGGCGGGUCAGGUCUCGGCGGCCUUGGUGGUCUCGGCGGCGGCGGCGGCCUUGGCGGUGGCGGCGGCCUUGGUGGCGGCUCAGGAUCGGGUCUGGGCGGCAGCGGUGGCCUUGGCGGUGGCAGUGGGCUCGGUGGCGGCGGUGGCUGCCUUCACCCGUGAUCGUGAACGUGAAGCUUAGCGUGCAUGACUGCUUGCACACACGUGUCCGCUGCUUCUAAAUUCUCCGGUCCUAUUCUCACGCACUAGCUUCCUGCUUUGCACGUUACAUGUUUCUUGGCUUCUAUAUAGUACUCUAUAUAUGUACGAUGCAUGCAUGCAUCAUCCAUCCUAAAGCUUGUGUCGUCAGUCGUGUCCACGCACGCAUAAUGCAGCAUCCCUCUGUUUGUUUAUCAUGCA